UCCACCCCCAAAAAGAUGGCGGGUGAAAAAGCGCCUGAUACAAAGGAGAAGAAACCUGCGACCAAGAAGGCUGGCAGUGAUGCUGCUGCCUCCCGGCCCUGGGCCGCCAAAGUAGCCAAAAAGGUUCACCCUAAGGGUAAAAAGCCCAAGAAGGCGAAGCCCCAUUGCAGCCGAAACCCUGUCCUGGUGAGAGGAAUUGGCAGGUACUCCCGUUCUGCUAUGUACUCCAGGAAGGCCCUGUACAAAAGGAAAUACUCGGCUGCCAAGACCAAGGUUGAGAAGAAGAAGAAAAAAGAGAAGGUCCUUGCUACUGUCACCAAAACAGUUGGUGGGGACAAGAACGGUGGCACCCGGGUGGUGAAGCUUCGAAAAAUGCCUAGGUAUUAUCCCACCGAAGAUGUUCCUCGGAAGCUGCUGAGCCAUGGCAAGAAGCCCUUCAGCCAGCACGUGAGAAGGCUACGCUCCAGCAUCACUCCCCGGACUCUCCUGAUCAUCCUCGCUGGACGCCACAGGGGCAAGAGAGUGGUUUUCGUGAAGCAGCUGGACAGUGGCUUGCUGCUUGUGACUGGGCCUCUUGUCAUCAACAGAGUUCCUCUGCGCAGAACACACCAGAAGUUUGUCAUUGCCACCUCUACAAAAGUUGAUAUCAGCGAUGUUAAAAUCCCCAAACACCUGACUGACGCUUACUUCAAGAAGAAGCAGCUGCGCAAGCCCAGGCAUCAGGAGGGCGAGAUCUUCGACACAGAGAAGGAGAAAUACGAGAUUACAGAGCAGCGAAAGGCUGACCAGAAAGCUGUGGAUUUGCAGAUUUUGCCAAAGAUUAAAGCUGUUCCUCAGCUCCAGGGCUACCUGCGCUCUCAGUUUUCCCUGACAAACGGGAUGUAUCCUACCAUUAAAAGUUUUCCUCAGUUAUCUGCUGUGCUGGCUGGUUUUAUGUCAACUUGA